AUGUCGGGCAGAGGGAAAGGUGGCAAGGGUUUGGGAAAAGGCGGAGCGAAGCGCCACCGCAAAGUUCUGCGGGACAAUAUUCAGGGAAUCACUAAACCUGCCAUUCGGCGUCUCGCUCGCCGCGGUGGUGUCAAACGUAUCUCCGGUCUCAUCUACGAGGAGGUGCGUGGGGUUUUGAAGGUUUUCUUGGAGAAUGUGAUCAGGGAUUCGGUCACCUACACGGAGCAUGCCAAGCGCAAGACCGUGACCGCCAUGGACGUCGUGUAUGCGCUGAAGCGCCAGGGGCGGACUUUGUAUGGCUUCGGUGGUUGA